CGUUGUUUCUAGACGUGACGAAUUUAACGUAGGGCAAGUCACCGGUYCAUUUUAAACAUGGCAACCUGCACGAUGUUUGAAGAAGAAAAAAGUGGAUCCCUUUGUCAGCACAGUUUAUUUACCAUACUUUACCAUAAUUUACUAGAAGUCAACAAAGUUUCCGUUUAUACAGAGAAUCCUGGUCAAGCCAAAGUAGCCCAGGAGAACGGAGCAGCGGUUGUGGGAGGAGCCGACCUUGUGCAGAGAAUCUUGGAUUAUGAUGUGGACUUCUACGUAGUGGCACUAGAUAUCAUCUCCAAACUACUUCCUCUGAAGAACGAACUACGCAAAGAAGUUCCCCAAGAACAAGAGAGGUAGGCAACACUCCCGUUAUCAAUCAAUCCAAUUUACAUCGUCCUUUUUUACAUUUCUCAAAAUGCUUUUGACACCCAAAAAACCCUAGGAACAAAACCUUGAGAGGAACCUGACUCUGA